AUGGCAGAAGCACUCUACGAGCUGCUCGUUCCUCACUUUGAUGCCGCUGAUGGCUCUCCUCGACCACCUCCCCCCACGACAAGCGCGGCCACCGCGCAGUAUCUCAACUACAUACCAACGUUAGAUACGGCCUCAUUAACGUCAACGGAGCUUCAGUCGCUCUCGCAGACCUCUCAUUCGAACCUCGUUUCCCUCCAGUCGCUUGCUAACAGAUCCCACAAGUCCUUCAUCACAUCUGCGGAUAACCACCGGUCACUGCAGACAUCCCUCCCACGGCUGGCCACAGAGACACAGCGGCUACGAGAUGCCAUACCGGAGCUCGAUGAGGAAGCUGUGCGCUUCUCCUCUACCUACAGUAAGACGGGAGACAGCCAGAUACUAGAGAGGAGGAAGAAGGCUCUCCAGCUUGCCCGAAAUGUGGACAGGCUGUCUGACAUUCUAGAGCUACCGACUCUGCUUUCUACAGCAGUCUCAACUUCCUCUGGGGCUUCAUCUGCUGCUGCCACUGCUGGGUCCGGUGGAACUUCGUCAAGCAACCUGUCGAGCACGUCCAAUUACUCGGCUGCUCUGGACUUGUUUGCCCAUAUCAAGAGACUACAGACACUAUACCCCGAGUCGCCGUUGGCUAAGGAUAUAGUAAACCAGGCAGAAGAUGCCAUGAAAGACAUGACUACCAAUUUGAUCUCUGAUCUCAGAGUCCAGAACAUUAGACUGGCGCCUGCGAUGAGGAUCAUUGGGUGGCUGCGGCGCAUUGCCCCGGAUCUUGAAGAACCCUCAAGUACUAAGUCUGCAAGCAGUGGCAGUGCCGGGGAGGGCGCCUUUGGUGCCUUGUUCCUAGUCUGUCGCCUGGCAAACCUUUUGAACAUGCUAAGUGCCCUUGAGCCGCUGCGGGAACUGGCAGACCAAGAGACCCUCCGGAGACGACGACAAAAUGCAAUUAAGGGGGAGACCGGCGAGGAAUCAAAGAAUGCUUGGUCUGGCGGGCAGCAAACGGAGCGGUUUUUGAAGAAAUAUAUUGAGAUAUACAGAGAGCAAAGCUUUGCUAUUGUGUCUCUAUAUAAGAACAUAUUCGCACCUGCGUCUUCAGAGUCGGCCACCAAAGCACAAGACACGAGCGAGGAGCCAUCUGAGGCAUCGAUGCUAUCCCAGCUACCUCCAGCACUGGCCACAUUCCCUAUGCACCUGGCACAACUUCUGGCGGAGACGCUGGAGGAAUACCUGCCGAAUGUGAGAGACAAGAGCUCGAGAGAGAGCCUGCUCACCCAGGUACUCUACUGUGCGGCUAGUCUGGGGCGACUAGGGGGCGACUUUACCAUGAUGCUCUCUCUCUUGAGUACGACCGGGGGAACGGAGCACCACGAAGAAGACAGAACUGAAGACGAAGAAGGUGUGCCGGAGUGGGAAGAGGCCAUCCGCAAGCACCGCAUCCUCGCUGAGCGUCUGGACCUGUUGACGGCCAGUGGUGAAGCUGCAGCGGGCUCCGGAGCAAAGGGGUCUUAUUCUUCCUCAAAGUGA